CCGACACGGCCGAGGCCCCAGGCGGCGGCGGCGGCGGUUAUGGCGGCGCUGCUGGGACCUGUCGGGCGCUUCCGGUGGCGUGUGCGGGCGGUGCCGGGCGGAGCGCGGAGCGCGGCAGGGCGGCAGUGCUAUGACCUCCUGGUGAUUGGCGGGGGAUCCGGCGGCCUAGCCUGUGCCAAGGAAGCCGCUCAGCUGGGGAAGAAGGUGGCUGUGGUGGACUACGUGGAGCCUUCCCCCCGAGGCACCCGGUGGGGCCUUGGCGGCACCUGCGUGAACGUCGGCUGCAUCCCCAAGAAGCUGAUGCACCAGGCGGCGCUGCUAGGGGGCAUGAUCUGCGACGCCUCCCACUACGGCUGGAAGGUGGCCCAGCCCCCGCACGACUGGGGGAAAAUGGCAGAAGCCGUUCAAAACCACGUGAAGUCCCUGAACUGGGGGCACCGGGUCCAGCUGCAGGACAGAAAAGUGAAGUACUUUAACUUCAAGGCCAGCUUUGUCAACCCACACAUGGUUUGUGGUGUCUCAAAAGGUGGGGAAGAGACUCUGCUUUCGGCCGACCACAUUGUCAUCGCCACCGGAGGGCGACCAAGGUACCCCACGCACAUCGAAGGUGCCUUGGAAUACGGGAUUACGAGUGAUGACAUCUUCUGGCUGAAGGAGUCCCCUGGAAAAACGUUGGUGGUUGGGGCCAGCUACGUGGCCCUGGAGUGUGCUGGCUUCCUCACUGGGCUCGGCCUGGAUACCACUGUCAUGAUACGCAGUGUCCCUCUCCGGGCCUUCGACCAGCAAAUGGCUUCCUUGGUCACAGAGCACAUGGCUGUUCAUGGCACCCGAAUCCUGAGGGGCUGCACCCCCUUGAGAGUGGAGAGGCUCUCAGACGGGCGACUCCAGGUCACCUGGGUGGACCUCGCCUCCGACAAGAAGGACACAGGCACCUUUGACACCGUCCUGUGGGCCGUAGGCCGAGUUCCAGAAACCAGAGGUCUGAAUUUGGAGAAGGCUGGUGUGCGUACCAACCCCAACACUCAGAAGAUCCUGGUUGAUGCCCAGGAAGCCACCUCCGUUCCCCACAUCUAUGCCAUCGGAGACGUGGCAGAGGGACGGCCAGAGCUGACGCCCACGGCUAUCAUGGCCGGGAGGCUCUUAGCCCAGAGGCUCUGCAGUCGGUCCUCAGACCUGAUGGACUAUGACAACGUCCCCACGACGGUCUUCACACCGCUGGAGUAUGGCUGUGUGGGGCUGUCAGAGGAGGAGGCCGUGGCUCGCCAUGGAGAGGAGCGUGUGGAGGUUUAUCACGCGUAUUAUAAACCACUGGAGUUCGUGGUGCCUGAACGGGAUGCGUCCCAGUGUUACAUAAAGAUGGUGUGUCUGCGGGAGCCCCCACAGCUGGUGCUGGGCCUGCACUUCCUUGGCCCCAAUGCUGGCGAAGUUACUCAAGGAUUUGCUCUGGGGAUCAAGUGUGGGGCCUCCUACCAGCAGGUGAUGCGGACGGUGGGCAUCCACCCAACCUGUGCCGAGGAGGUGGCCAAGCUGCGCAUCUCCAAGCGCUCGGGCCUGGACCCCACCGUGACCGGCUGCUGAGGCUAAGCGGCCAUCCCUAGACCCAGGGUGCUCAGCAUGACUUCUGCCCCCACGGCCAGGCUCAGCAGAGGCUCAGAGCCAGGUACGCAUGCCAGGCAGGAUGCUGGAGGCCGAGCCCGGGUGAGCCUCGCCCCUGCCCAGUGCAUCUGGACCAACGCCGAGCACCCUGCAGGGAUGGCCCAGGCCUGCAUCUCACACCCCCGCCCAUGCCAGAUGAUGACGACUUGCUCAGAAACCCCCCGCGGGCUGCCCACGUCUGAGUUCACUGGCGUUUCCAGGGCACAAAUAAAGAGGGUGUUUUCCGGAAGUGUGCCCUGCCCAUGAUGUCCCCGACGCACCCGGGGUGGCCGCCCAUCCGUCACCAUAGGGAAUCCCUUCCGAGUCAUACUGUGCUGGGGUCAGCGUGCGGGGGCUCCCCAUCACCCCGCCCCGGAGGACCCUGCCUUUCCUCCUGGAGCAGAGCCUCCUGGGAACGCAGGCUGUGUUCCAGAGCCACCUGCCAGUGUCAUGGCCGGUGACAGGAGUGGGAUGGUGCUGAGGCCCUGUCCCCCGAAUGUUCCGCUUUCCCGGGCCCCAUCCAGCUUGUCGGCUGGGCUCAGGCUAAUCCCGCACAUGGAGGCUGACGGGGAGGGAGGCCCCCAGCACCUGUCAGUCACCGCGGAGAGGUGGCGCUGACAGCGACGGGCAGGGCCCGGUAUUGUACUGGGGCUUUAGCGGCGGUUAAUCUCGUGUCUUCCCAAAGAAAACAUCACUUAGUCUGCCGCCCGGGAGCCCUGGGUGGGACCCUGCUUGUCAGCGAACAAAGGAAUGUCUUUGCGCCUUAAUGGGCCUGCGGGAACUCAGACACCGCUCGCGUGAAGCGUGUGCAGCGGCCCUCAGACGCCCCAUUGAGACGCCAAGUGCCGGGAGGGGCCAGGCCUCUUGACAAAUGCAGUGCGAUCAGCCGUGUCCCGUUUAACGCCCGGCUGGUGGCCCCACGAGGAGGUUCCCUCUGCGCUGGGCAUGGCCUCCCAGCCUUGGAGGCAGGGGGCGGGCUUUGCGGGGUCAGCUGACCGGGAUGGAAGGGGGGCCCUGGACACUGGGAUGGCCGCAUGGGGCCAAAAGGGACCUGACGCGGCCUCACGGCUUACUGUGAUGCCGGGUGAUGCAGUCGGGCUGGGAGCCCCACGUACCUGACAGGCGGCCGCCCCAUGUCAGUGCCCCUGCAGCCCCUUUCCCAGGGCAGCCUCGAUCCAGCUGUGCCUGCGACAUCCUCUCUCUGGCCAGUUCACGCAGCCUGUGUGGCCACCGAAGGGAGAACAAAGCCCCCACGGUGCUCGGGAGAGCCCUGGGGCGCCGCCAGUGUGGAGGCCCCUCCCCCACGCGGGGCUCACCCCCUCCCCGUCCCAGGCAGGGGCCUGGCCCUGUUCCCAAACAUCAGGAGCCACAAAGGGCCCGGCCAUGUCCCCCAUCCCCCUGCCCUGGGGGCUCCAGUGGGGUGGUGUGUGCAGACCCAGGCUUCCCUUGCUGACCCCCAGUCCCCCGCCCUGCACUUGGGGAGGCACCUGCUGUACUCUUGGGUCUCAGGCCGGAGCUGGGCACAGGGCAUUCUGUCCUGCUUGUGUGUCCCUCGGGCUUGCCUGGCUCCAGGUUCGCUCACUGCGUGGCCUGAGACCCCUCCCUGGGCAAAGCCCGGCUCCAAUCCCUCCUCCCAGGGAGCAUAGGGAGGGGCCAGAACCCCACAGGCCAGGUGCUCUCCACCUGGGCCCAGGGCCGCCUCCUGCACCUUGGCAUGUUUUUAUGGUGCAAUGAAAAUAUGACUUUAAUUCCUCAGAUUGUUCUGUGUAACCUACAAUGACCCCGCGAUGUCCUGCACUCAUCUGUGGCUGCGAGUUGUGCAGUGACGUGGGGGAGCUGCCGCUGGGGCCAGCCCACCCCUCCCCUGCCUCUCCCUCCGUUGGGAAGCCCUCUGCUGCCACCCCAGUCCUCUCCCAGCCCCCUGAGGUGCUGUCCCCGAGGUCCUGGGCCCCCAGGGAGACGGAUACACAGGGGAGGGUGACCAGUCCUCAAGGGCUGGGCUGAGGGCUACACACCCUCCGCAGGCCGUGGGUGCCCCCCAGCAUCCCACAGCCGUGUGGUGACCCCCAGUGUUGCUGGGUGGGUAGCAGGGAACACCCACCCCACACAUGCCUCAGCCAUAGUUUCACGCGGCGGCAGGCCUGGCUGAGUAGGUGACCGCCAGGUCCAGCCAGGGGUCCUCCAGGCGGAGUUGCCCUGUGAGAAACAGCCAUUGUCAGGUGGUGCCCAUAGGUUGGGGCAUCUGUCCUGUGGCCACAAGCCAGGCAACAGCUCAGAGAUGUGGCUGGUGUCCUGGCCUGAAGCAGGCCCUCACCCACCACUCACUGCCUGACGCUGAGCUUCCAGGAGCUGCCGCGGUGCAGGUGGCCCAGGGCCCUGCAAGAGGGACGCCAUGAGUAGGCUGGGCAGUGCGCUUGUCCAGAGGCCCAGGGCCACCAGGCUGAAUGACUGAGCCCUGUGGACCCUGUUCAGGCUCUGGGCGCCCGGCCCACCCCAGUCAGGGCACCGCCCACAGUGA